CCCCUCCCUUUCCCUGCCCUCGCAGCCGCCAGGCACGGCUCUCCGCGGCGCGGUGUGGCGAGACCGCGAGCCGAAGCUCCGCGCCAUGCCGGCAGCCGCGCCGCCCCCGCUGCACCCCGCGGCGGGCUGCUGCUGUCCCUACGGACACUGCGCGGUUUCCAUGGAAAUAAACAGGAGGCAUUACUUUCGGAGCAACCCAUUAGAGAUCAAGAGCAUCAGUGUGGAAAUGAAACUGCCUGUGCAUUGAGCCUUGAGAAACAGAUGGAGGAUUUUUCCAGAUGGAUCCUGGCAAACCUUGCAGUUGUGAGAUCGAAGCAUGUUUGACCAUAUGUCACAAAGUGCGAGCUCAAAGGUAACAGAGAGGAAACUGCGCGGGACUUGUCCUCCUGCUGGUCGUGGAAACUGUGGAAAACAAUGUGUGAAUGCAAGCAGUUGUAGGUCUUCAUGUUUUAAUCCCCGGAAUGGUUUUCACACAGUACAUUCAGAGCACAGUCCUGUGAAGCCAAGGAUUAUUACAGUGGUGAGACCCUGUGGGCAUACACUCAGAAAGAUAACCUUGCUUCUGAACAGGAGAUCGGUGCAGACCUUUGAACAGCUAAUGGCUGACAUUUCAGAAGCUCUGGGAUUUCCACGCUGGAAGAAUGAUCGUGUGAGAAAGCUUUACAGUCUAAGAGGCAGAGAAAUCCAAAGUGUUUCUGACUUCUUCAGAGAAGGGGAUGCAUUCAUAGCUCUGGGCAGGGAGCCCCUUACGUUGAAGAACCUGGAAGUGGCAAUACAAGAACUUUGCCCUGAAAAUCCGUAUGCUGCCAGUUCAAUUCAGCAGAAUGAGGAGCAGUCCCAAAAACUAAAGAGCAGGCUGUGUGACAAAGCUUUGAAAGUGGAUGGUGGUUUUGAUGAGGCAGAAAUUGCCAAGAACUGCAGUGAUGUUGUGUCUCCCAAAAUGGUUGCUGGAAAAAGUCAAUCCAAGACAAGGCAAGAAGAAAAAAUGAGAACCAAAAAAAAGUGGACUAGAGGGAGUUGGAAUGGCGAACAAGGAGUGAGGCCUUCUAGAAAAGCUCGAGAAGAUGAGAGGUACCUUAACCAAGAUAGGAGUCCGGAGAAAGGGUUAGAAGAGGGUUCAGUGGAGGUACUGAGGUGUGAGAAGUGUGAACGGGAAAGGCAGGCCAGGCAGAAGUUGCAAAGAGAAAGGCAGGCUGAGACUUCAUUUGAGAACACAGACCUGAAUGCAGGUGCGUGUCAGAGGUACCAUGUAGAAAGAAAUGCAAAAAGCAGGAAUUGCCGAAAAUCUUCAGAAAUUCCUCUAGAGGGUGAAGACAUUGGCUGGAAAGAAAACUGCUGUAGAAGGACCUGGAAGCCUCUACAUAGGAAUGUUAAUGAAAGACUGGAGAAACAAAAAAGGAGCAUUGAGAAGGAAAGGGAUCUGGAGAAACAUGAAAACCGUGAGAAGGAAGUAGUAAAAAUAAAGAAGAAUGCUGUAGAAGGGCUGCAGAUAGCUCAUGAAGUGAAGGAAGAAAAUGGAAGUAGCUGUGUGACUAACCAAAAUGGUUGGCUAACGAAAGACACUCCAAGGGGGCUAACGAAAGACACUCCAAGGGAUGCUGAGAAACCAUCUAAAAUACAUAGGGAUGGUAGAGAGGGACAAAGGGCUAAAGAGGAGAGUGCCAGGAGAGAGGGAAAUACCAUACAUAGAGAGAGUGACAUGACACGACGAGAAAAAACAGGAGAACGCAGAUUGAAUAAAGAAGAAAACAAGGCUCAGGGACUGGAAAGCACAAGCCGAAGGCAUGCCAUAAAAAGCAGAACUGAUGUAGAAAACCACUAUGAGAUUGGCAGGACUAUUGGGGAUGGGAAUUUCGCAGUGGUGAAGGAAUGUCGCCACUGUGACUCAAAUCAGAUCUAUGCCAUGAAAAUUGUUGAUAAAUCCAAGCUGAAGGGGAAGGAGGACAUGAUGGAAAGUGAAAUUCUGAUCAUUAGGAGUCUUUCUCAUCCCAAUAUAGUAAGCUUAAUUGAAGUAUAUGAGACAGAGGCUGAGAUCUAUCUAAUCCUGGAGUAUGUCCCAGGAGGAGACUUAUUUGAUGCAAUCAUAGAAAGCGUGAAGUUCACAGAGCAUGAUGCUGCCGUCAUGAUCACUGACCUGUGUGAAGCCCUGGUGUAUAUUCACAGCAAGAACAUUGUCCACAGGGACCUCAAACCAGAGAACCUUUUGGUUCAGCACAAUGCGGAUAAAUCUACUACACUGAAACUAGCAGAUUUUGGCCUUGCAAAGCUGGUUACAAAACCCAUAUUUACUGUGUGUGGAACACCAACGUAUGUUGCCCCUGAGAUACUUGCUGAGAAGGGCUAUGGGCUCGAAGUAGAUAUGUGGGCAGCAGGUGUGAUCCUUUACAUUCUGCUCUGCGGUUUUCCCCCUUUUCGCAGUCAGGAUCGUGAUCAAGAAGAGCUGUUUCAAAUCAUACAGCUGGGUCACUAUGAGUUCCUUUCCCCGUACUGGGACAAUAUUUCUGCAGCAGCAAAAGACCUCAUAACCAGGCUGUUGAUAGUGGAUCCCCAGAAGCGCUACACGGCACGACAAGUACUUCAGCAUCCUUGGAUCAGAACAGCUGGAAAAACUAACAACAGAAAUUUGCAAAGGGAAGUAACAAUAAAUAUUGAGCGUCAUUUCCGGACCCAGCGCCGGAAGGAGGCUGUGGAUAAAGACACCUGAAAUCUCUUUAAGUUCAUCUAGCCUUCUUUUUUAUUAAUUAACAAAUAUUUAUGUUUUCUAAAUGGAUCUGGCCUUUAGUUUAUGGAUUUUGCUGGCCGUUGCUAUGCCUUUUUUUUCCUUCUUGUUGAUUCUGAGAUUCUGAAGGACAGAGGUCAAAUUUGUAUUCACCUCCCUGUGAUUUUACUUGUGAGUGUCUCUGUUGACAGCAGUGGGUACUAGAUAUUUCCCAGAAGGUAUCUAUUAUUUUUCUUUAAACAAUGAUUUGAACUUUUACAUUGCAUAAUGUAUGUCUUUUUUUAGGUGACAGAUGUUUUUUUGUGUCUAAUUUCAGUGAUGAUUGUGAAAUGCUUUCUCUUCUCUCUUUUUGAAUGGUAUCUUUCAUGAGUUUUACUUCUUGUUUUUAAGUUGUUUUGUGUUUAUAACGUUGUCAAAAUGGCUGUCUGCUCACACAUUCUGCACUAAUUCUCUAAAAGGAUUUCUCACCAGUUCCUGCUAGCAAUUUAGAAGGUGAGACAAUUAAAAAUAAAUAAAUAUUUAGCUAUAGGAUAUGUUAAAUAAAAGAUAAAAUAGUAUUUAUUGUGAGGAAAAAAACAUUAUAGGAGAAAUUAGCUAUUCUAUGAUAUCUCCCUUGGCAACAUCUUUUCAUGGGAUGUUCUCAGGACCAGAGUAAUAGUUCUGUUAAACUACCUUAGUUUGUAUGGUAUGAUAGUUUCAUUUCUUUAGAAGAAGGGGUGGGAAGAUACCGCGGCUGAUACAGCUUCAGGACUGUAAUAAUAACUUUCACAGUGCUUUUCUUCCUGCUCUGGGAAGUAGGAAGUUAGCAGUUCUGAGGGAGCUUUAGUUCUUUUCCCAAAGGUAUAUUUAUAGAAUUUUAACCCAAGCUUUUUUCCCAUACUGAAUUCUUUCUUAGGAGCUCUCCACAUGCAUCUGAGAUUUUUUCAAGCUGAUGGAGAAUAGAUCGCUGGGAAGCUGCUUCUGUGACUUAAGUUAGCCCUUACCUUCAUGGUUCCCCUUUCAUCAACAUGAAUCACAGUUGAAUUGCUUUUCUACGCUUUUCAGUGUAGUUUAGCAAACUCUCUCUCUUUUUUUUUUUUUUAAAGUUAUCUUCCCUGGGAGUUCUUUCUCCUCAGUUCUAUGAGAAUGGGCAAUGGUCUGAAAUUACAUUAAAAUUCUACUCAGGAAAAACAAUUUCUUGUUAGUCUUUGGGAAGGUUUCCCAGCGUAUGUGUCAGAUGCUUCAUUGCUUACAUUACUUAUAAUUGGAGUUUUAAAGAAAUCCUAUGGGGAAGAAUACGGUCCAGAGAAGGACUGUGACCUUGAAGAUCUUUUGAAUCUCCGAACUUCUGGUUAACUAAUCAAAUUGAAAAAGCACUUUAGUUGGCUGAUAAUGUUUUGUCCAUGAGUUAUGUGUGCUAGCAAAUAAUAUUGACAAUAAAACUACCAGUUUUACUAGCAUUGAGUUCACAGUGUGUAGAAUUGAAUGAGGGUAUUUCAUAAUGAGAGAUGUCAGAGGCAUUUCAGAAUCAGUAGAAUGCUUUCAUAACUAUAAGAAAAAAUAUUUUUGCUGAGUGCUGAAAUCUUGUGAACUUCCUGAAUUACUAAAAUGCGUGUGGUACUGUCAUCAUGUUUCUGUUUCAAGCUUUGACAGUUGUGCCUCAAGAACGAAAGAAGAGAGUAGAGACAACUUGGUUCAUACAACAGAAUUGUGUUUUCAGUCGAGCUGGCGUAUUUUUAAUACGCGUUGGACUAAGACUUGCUGGGGAAUUCAACAAUUUGUAAAACAAACAAAUCAAAACCUUACUGUGUGCCCAAGUGGUAUUUAUAUUAUAUGUCAUACCUCUGCUUUGGAGGCCCUGAGUUAGGAAGACUUUUCGUGAAAAGAAGAAUGAAUUUGAGAGCUUUCCUGUGUGUAACCUCGUGUUCUAAAUGUGUUAAUGUGUUCUCUGAUUGCUAGUAAUAACAUCUCCUCUGCUAAUUUGUCUGUCUUGGAUAUGAAACUAUGGAAAAAUAGGUUAUGAUUUGCAAUAUUAUAUUUUGUAAUUAUUUUUAAUAUAGUAGUUUAGGAAUAAAGUUUGAAGUGGAAAAAAAACAAUUAUAAACAAUCUUAGGGCUUUGAUAAUUGUGUUACAGGUUUCUUUGUCACCUUUAAGAACCUGUCUACAGCUUUAUUCAUGGUGCUAAAGGUAGAGGAUUUGCAAGUGAUGAAUAUAAAAGUAAUAUAUUUUCAAAGAUCUUUUUCUCUCGUGUUCUAUAGGUCCCAGUCUGACCAAAUACAGACAGCACAGUGUGCUGCCACCAGUGUCUGUAAGCACCAAUGCUGCUGUGGCAGCGCUGAGGGACUGGUUUGGUUUUGCUAAACAUGUGGCAUUAAGCCCUCCUUCUUCAGGUUGGAGGCUCAGAAAGCUUCCAGGUGCUUUCUCAGGGCUUUUGCCACCUCCUGUUUCUCUCCUGCUAAGAAAAAUGCCUCUUUUCUUCCAUUGCUUUCAGUGUUCUUUGACUUUUGAGGCACCAACAUCCACACAUACAGUUUAUAAAACUGGAUCAUCUGUAUUUCAGUUCCUAGCAAUGCCCAUGCCCCAGUUAGUGUUUCUGUUUUCUUUUCACUACGCCAACACUUACCAUCAAAGCUUUUGGCUAUGGCAGUCACAAGAGUCAUAGAAUCACAGAAUAUUCCAAGUUGGAAGGGACCCAUGAGGGCCAUCAAGUACAACCCCUGCCUCUGCGCAGGACCACACAAAAUUCAAAUCCUAUGUCUGGGCAAUGCUCUCAAACACUUCUUGAACUCUGGCAGCUUGGGGCUGUGACCGCUGCCCUGGGCAGCCUGUUCUGUGCCCACCGCCUUCUGGUACAGAACCUGUCCCUAACCCCCAGCUGCCCCUCCCCUGACACAGCUCCGUGCCGUUCCCUCGGGCCCCGUCGCUGUCAUGGAGAGCAGAGGUCAGCGCUGCCCCUCCGCUCCCUGUGUGGAGCUGCAGCCGCCAUGAGGCCUCCCCUCAGCUCCUCUGCUCUGGGCCGAACAAUUCAAGGGACUUGAGCUGCUCCUCAUACAUCUUGCCCUCUAGUCCCUUCACCAUCUUUGUAGCCCUCCUUUGGAUUCCCCGUAAUGGUUCUAUGUCCUUUUUGUACUGUGGUGUCCAAAAGUGCACAUAGCACUCGAGAUGAGGCUGCACCAGUGCAGUGUAGUGUGGGACAAUCCUUUCCCUUGGCUGGGUUGGCAAUGCCCUCCUUGAUGCAUCCCAGGGUACGGUUGACCUUCCUGGCUGCCUGGGUACACUGUUGAUUCAUAUUCAGUUUUCUGUUGACCAAGAUCCCCAAAUCUCUUUCAGCAGGGUUGCUCUCCAGCAUUUCAUCCCCCAGUUUAUACAUAUAGCCAGAGUUGCCCCAUCCCAGAUGCAGAAUCUGGCAAUUGCUUUUGUUAAUCUUCAUGUAGUUGGUAAUUGCCUAGAUCUCUUUGUAAGGCUUCUCCACCUUUGAUGGAAUCAAUAGCUCCUCCCAAUUUAGUAUCAUCCACAAACUUGCUCAAAACACCUUCUAAUCCUGUAUCCUAGACAGUUAUGAAAACACUGAAGAGAACUGGCCCUGAAAUGUUGUCCCUGCAGAAUAGCUGGGGUCCAUUUAAGAGGAUAUUUACUACCAGAGAUCAUCCCAAGAGUCCUGUGAAGCAUUUUGAGCAUCCUUGAAUGCCAGUGUAACUAGAUUUGUGUGUCAUAAUCUUUCCUUGAUGUUGUUAGGCAUUCCUGAACAUCAGAUCCAGGUUUUUGGUGACUGCCUUUGACUGACAAAGUGGCAGCGCUCUCCAGUGAUACAAUUUCCACUCUUUGAAGAUAAAAGCAGUCUGUAGAUGUCUCCUUCUAUUUGUCCAAUGGCAUCAAUAUAUUUUUCUUCAUGCUGGUAACUCCUGAAAAGAUUUUAGAAAUGGAAAUAGGAAUUGGGCCUGUAUAGGAAAUGAACAAGAUUUUUUGAAAGUAUUCAAGAAUCUGCCAAUGUGUAAAAGAUGAAAGCAUUUCACACUGUGUAGUUCUUAAGUGCUUUAAAACGAACAAUGUGAAUUUGGUCCCUGCCUGUACUUUUGUCAACUAAUAUUUAAAAAUCUGUGCCCGAGAGACUCAUGGUUGAAACUCAGCAGUGUAGAAGAGACUGUUCCCUGUAGGUUCUUUUGUUCAGGGACCUCUCUUCUUCAUCUGAGAUAUGUUUCGUUACUUUGCUUGUUCACAAUUUGUAACUGCCCAAAGACCUGCAGCAUUUGAAUGGGUAAUUGUACCCAAAGGUACACACGGUGUGUAAUUGAAUGGUCAACCUUUCACAAGAAGCACUACCCAAAUAGAUAAGGUAAGUGGAGGAUAGCAUUCCGCUGUCCUUAUACGCCACAGCCAAAAUUGCAGUAACAGAGAUAUGGGAGGCACACCUAUGAUGCCAGUUAGAACAUUAUACGGAGAUGUAGAUCUAUUGGUUUUCUGACGUCAGCUAUUCUCCAAAACUGGAUUCUGUCAUACAUUCUUUUUUUGUCAGAUACAAAUUUAUUUAAAAAUAGAUUUUGUUUGGGGAAACAGGCAUAGUAUUUAAAAUUGAAUUGAUUUUAGUGUCUAGUUCAAAGGAGAAAGGUUCUUAGUAGCUCGUGUAUAUCUUCUGUUAAAAAUGCUGUUUUUCUGCAGGCCUGUAAUCUUGAUGGAAACUGUAGAAAUAAAAAUGUAUUUAAUGUA